AGUAAACCGAUGAAGAAAAUGUUUCUCAGAUUAGUUUUGUUCUGUUUGCGUUUAUGGCGUCUGGAUGGUGUGUUUGAAGAAGUGCUGGAGGGAGAUUCAGUCACUCUAAACUCUGGUCUUACUAAAAUAAUGGAUGAUGUUGUGAUUCAGUGGAGGUUUGGAUAUACUGAGAAGACUGUAAUAGCUGAAAUCAAUAAACGGGCUGACAGCUUCAUUGUAUAUGAUGAUGUUCCUGAUGGGAGAUUCAGAGACAGACUGAAGCUGGACAAUCAAACUGGAUCUCUGACCAUCACAAACACUACAGCUGGACAUACUGGACUUUAUACAACACAGACCAACGGUGUGAUCAAGUCUAUGAAUCUUAUUGUCUAUGGUGUACUGAAGUCGGUGUUAGUGAAGGAGGGAGAUUUAGUCACUAUAAACUCUGGUCUUACUGAAAUGAAGCAUGAUGAAGUGAUUCAGUGGAGAUUUUUAAAUGAAUUCAUUUUAAUAGCUGAAAUCAAUGUAACAGCCAACAGCAUGACUGUAUAUGAUGAUGUUCUUGAUGGGAGAUUCAGAGACAGACUGAAGCUGGACAACCAAACUGGAUCUCUGACCAUCACAAACAUCAGAACCACAGACUCUGGAGUUUAUGAGCUACGUAGUAGCAAUAUGGCGUUUGUUUUCUUUCUCAGUGUCCAUAAUGAAAUAUUGAUGAUGGAGGGAGAUUCAGUCACUCUAAACUCUAAACUCACUAACACACUGAGUGCUGUUCGGAUUCAGUGGAUGUUUGGAAAUGAAAACAUUUUAAUAGCUGAAAUCAAUUUAUGGGUUGACAGAUUUGCUGUAUUUGAUGAUGUUCCUGAUGGGAGAUUCAGAGACAGACUGAAGCUGGACAAUCAAACUGGAUCUCUGACCAUCACAAACACCACAACUGAACAUGCUGGAAAUUAUAAACUACAGAUCAACAAACUGACUGAGAGUUUCAGUCUCGCUGUCUAUGCUCAUCUGCCUGUUCCUGUGAUCAGCAGUAACUCUUCACAAUAUUCAUCAUCAUAUUGUUCAUUGGUGUGUUCAGUGGUGAAUGUGAGUCAUGUGACUCUCUCCUGGUACGAAGGAAACAGUUUAUUGUCCAGCAUCAGUGUGUCUGAUCUCAGCAUCAGUCUUUCUCUACCUCUGGAGAUUGAGUGUCUGGAUGAUUCCUACAGCUGUGUUGUGGCUUUUUCAUUCACCAACCAGACCACACAUCUCAACACUGAACUCUGUCACACAUGUUCAGACUCUGUCCACUGUUGUGGUCCAACUGAAGCUGUGAUCCGAUUGGUCCUCUCUGCUCUGGUGGGCGUGGCUACUGUCAUUCUUCUGGUUUAUGACAUCAGAUCCAGAAGAGCUGAACAAGAUGAAGCACAUGUUCACACAUCAGGUGGCUCAUUUCCAUUCCAGAAGAUGAUUUGAAAAAACAAACAGCAAUGUAUUCUCUCAUUAAUGUUUAAAAGUAAAUGUGAGCGCUUGUCAUAAUAAAUACUGAUGAUUACCAAAUAUUUCAUUGGUUAUGUUAGAUUAGUAUAUAUAGGCUAACAUGCUUUCCUUUUAAUUGUGUUUGUUGUUGUUUUUACAAUCUAAUCUUUCCUAUUUAAUUGGAGACUUUCAAAAUCACCUCAAAUCACAUUUAAAGGUAGUGUAGUGUUGUUCAUAUUAUUGUAUAUAUCAGAUGUCUCUAAUACUGAAGCUCUACUGGCU